GCUCCAUUGACUGCUCGCAGAUGCGGGCUGGGGUCGGCCCCUGUCCUGCUCCGGGCACCGCCUGGUCUGCUGGGGUGGCACGACCAGCCAAAUGUCAAACAGCCCCACCGGCCGCUGGGCUGCUGUGGAGCCUGUCCCUGCUGGCUAGGCCAGGAAUGUGGAGACAGCCCCAGUGGACACUGUCGAGAAAAGAUCAGCAGCGUCCUUUCUCCUCCGGGGCCACCCCCAAGGGACGGGCUAAGCCCGGGCGACUCCCUGGUCACUCGGAACUCCCAAGUCCUUCCCCGAGAUGCUGCCCCAGAAGGCUGACGGCCUGGGUGGUCUGGCAGCUCCCCCACUUUCUUUCCCAGGAGAAGAGAGGAGGAGGACCUGCUGGGGAGUCGCCUGAAGGACAGAUUGGGGGCUGAGGGACAUGGGCCCUCCCAAGGGGGCCGCGGGGUGCGAAGGGCUAGAGAGCUGCAAGCCCCCCUCCCUCCCGACUCUGCCACUCAGGUGGAGCCUCCUAGAGGUCAUCCUUGCCAGGGAACGUGCGAGUCGCCCUCCUCUUUCAUCAGCUCGCAGCCCAGGCCCAGCCCACACCCGCCCGGAGGGAGGAGAGGAAGAGGAGGAGGAACAGGAGGGCCGCGCAGACCUCGGGGCAGGGAGCGGGCACAGGAAACCUGCAGGACGCUGUCCCGGCAGGGAUUCCCUCCGGGCACAGCGGUGGCACUGGCUCCCCACUUGAGCGGCUGCCCCGUGUAAUGUGACACUUGGAUCUCCAGGACGACCAACAACAAAAAAGCGGAGGGAGGCCGAGACAGCGGCUGGCUGUCAACAGCCAGGAGCUCCGCUGCGCUGAGCAGAGGCACCGGGGGAGCACAGCCGCGGGUCAGGAGAGACGCGUCCGCAAAGGAAGGAAGAGGUGUGAGCCGACCGGGGAGGCAGGCGGGAGAGACACUCGAGGCCGCUGGCGGCCCUGCACCUGUGGCCGCCCCCGCCGCACCUGACUCGCAGCCCAGGAGGCACCCAACAGGGACCCGGCACAGCAUGGCAGCCAGCGACCUUGUGCAGGAGUUACACUCCAUCGGGGACAGGCUGCUGCUUAAGCUGCAGAGGCUGCCGCAGGCCGAGCCCGUGGAGAUCCUGGCUUUCUCAGUCCUGGUGGUUUUCACAGCCACCGUGGUGCUGCUGCUACUGAUUGCCUGCGGCUUCUGCUGCUGCCAGUACUGCUGCCCCAGGCGGAGAGGCAGGAGGACCCAGGUGGGACCCAUGACCCCACUGUGAGGGCCAGGGGCUGACCGAGAAGCGGAGAGGAGACCGCCAGCGCCACGGCCCAGGUGUCAGCCGGGCCCCGCAGCCCUCGCCCCUCAAGACAAAGACCCACAGCUCAGCCCCGGCCAAGCCCAGGGACCCGGACACCGAUGGAGGCCUGGGGCCUCAGCAAGGACACCGGCUGUUUUGGCCACAGAAUUCUCACCUGCAGGGCGCCCAGGAGGGAUCAAAGGUUUCAAAGACAGAAAACCACCAGAGAUUCUUUGCCGACCUGCACUUUUUAACAAAGCACAGAGCAUGGUGCCCGUACUUGGAGAACAGCCCCCAUCUGUGGGGAGCUGGCCCUUGGGGGUCCCAAGCCAGAGAGGAGCAGGUCAAUCAGAGGGGCUCUGUGCAGGAGCUACCGGGUCCCAAGCGCCCCCCAGAGUAGGGAACAUGUGUGUUCUAUUCCAGGGUUUGCCUGCUUCUUUCCAGUAAAGGCUUUCUGGUUACGCGUUUCCGCAGCACCCCACUCCCCGGGCUGGGCCCUGUGCAUCGGGAGUGCGAUGUGCCAGGACCCCGGGGGUGUGGCCAGUGUCUUCUCCUUGCAGCUUCUGUUCUCCCUGUGCCCACGGAAGCUGGAGAAACACACAGGCAAGAAUGCCACGUGGGGGGGCGUGGAAGGGGGUAAGACUCCGGAACCAGGGGAGGGCUGCAGGGCCCCUCCUGCCGAGCGCCGCCUCCCAGGUGCCUGGUCGGCUACGACGGAAGCUGCAUCUGCCGCAGGCAGGUGCCGGGCUCAAGAAUGCCACACCACAGUCACCACCGCCAUUAGCUGUAGGCAGCACGCCCUUGUCCUAGCAGGUCCUCCCAAACUUCCGGAAUAAGACAGGUGAGGUCCCUACUGUCAUCCAUAACCUGCCUCCCGACCACACCAUCCUCUCCCCAAUGGGCCAGACGGUCUGGGUUCAAAUCCUUGCCACCCCGCCAGCCCCCAACCAGCUACGUGAACAGAUGUUAGCAACUCGACCUUCCCCUGCGAAAUGGGGCCAGUCCUGGUACCCGACUCUUGGGGUAAGCCUGUGAGGAUAAACCAAGACGGCCUUGGCAUGGUGACCUGCCCAACACCAGGCAUAGCCUGAGAGCUCCACCGAUACGAAGCAUCCUUAUUUGCCCCUCUAUUUGGGGGGCCGAGCCACAGCAAUGUGGACCCAUUUUAAGGAGCGGUCCUGCUGACACAACCCUGCCCCGCCUCCUGCCCUCCAAUUUACUUUCUCUGCACAGAAUUUUCCAGAUAGAGCUAUAAACCCAGGAAUGAGGGUAGGGGAGGCAGAGGCUCCCACAGUACCUGCUGCCCGCCCCCAACACCGGUCAUCAGAGCCAUGAAGAGCCCUGUGUUCCUACACACCUCCGGCGUCUCGGCCUGUGCAGCCUGCCCCGGUUGCCUGGAGGCAGAGCCCCAGCUCCUCGGGAAACGGGAGGGGAGAGUGGAUGCCAGCCACCACCACUCCACCGCCUCCAGCUCAGGCCGGCAGCAGAAGCCCUCUCUCCCCGGCUGGCUUCCCUUCCUGGUGUCCAGGGACUUGUCUAAUGGGUUUGGUUUGGGUGGAAGACCCAAAGAGGAAAUGCUUCCACAGAAAAUAAAAGAAAUGCAAGAAUCUAUCUGUACACUCUACCAUUCUACCACCACCAGGAAAGAAUGGGGUUAGGAAUAAUAGUGAUAAUAAUCAUGACAAUAAUGCUGAGAAGGGAGGUGGCUCAGUGCCGCCCCCCUCCCCCAGGCAGUGUCUGAAGCCUCCUGACACAGAUUAAUUCAUUUAAUUAUCACAACAACCUAAUGUCAAAUGGACCAUUAUGAUCCCCUUUUCAAAGGUGAGGAAGUAGGUAACUUGCCUAAACUGGACCAGCUGAACAGUGGCAGGACCCGCCCGUCUGGCUCACCACACCCCAGGCCUCUAGCUGCAGUGCUGAUAAGGCUCACACUCCAUCACCCACCACCUAACAAUCUCAGGCCCCAAAGAGCCGCACCCCACACCCUUCCCUGUGAGUGGGUGUGGUCGAGGAGUUAAGAGCUGGGGUGGGGCCCAUCCACCGCUCCCUCUCAGAAGGAAAACACAGGGAAGGUGGGAGCAUGUGACGCCCUGCCUUUCCCGGGUGCAGCACCCGCAGCUGGAGGGUCCCCAGGAAGCCCUCGGUUCAGAGAACACAGCAGCCUCAUCCUAGUGUGAUCUUCCUUCAGCAGGUUCAUCAGCAUCGAGAACAUCCUUCCUCAGGGUCCAACAUAGCGCUUCAGAGCUCAGACGGUGCAGCUGAGAGGAACAGCUGGGUCCAACCCUCAGAGCAGUAACUUCUUAGCUGUGUGACCUUGCCAGGACACCUCAACCCACACGCCCUGAGCAGCCCCCCAAAACAGCACUGCAAGAGGACAGAACACAGCAGAGGGGGUUCAAAUGGACAGAAUGCUAUCGAAAUACUCCUGGAAGACGGAGUUCUGGCAGAACCCUUGGGACCAGGGGGGCCUGGCAGUGAUCAUCCUGUUCUUCACCACGGUCCUGUCUCUCAUCUUGUUUGCUAUUAUCUUUGGUUUCCUCCCCGUGAACAAAACAACCAACCAGGAUGAAGAGUCGUGACCUGACUUUCUGAAGGCCAAGGGGGCCACUCUCAAAACACUAUGUACUCUUUCUUCAAAGCCCUUUAACAGUCUGGAAUUAAACAUUUUUCAUAUAAUCAUCUGAUAAA